UUAAAAACAUGCUGAUGCUGCGCGAUGUUUGAGGUAUAAAAUGUUUUUAAAUUUUUUAAAAGCAAAAGAUCGUAAAUUUUAAUUUUUAUAAAUGCGGUGCCGGUGUAUUAAUAGAUUUACAACAUUAGAAUGUGUUACUAUUUUCGCAACUUCAGUCGUGAUUUUAAUUUGCUUUGCAGUUAUUAACAAAACAUUUUUGAAAGAUGUCAUCUUUGCCGAAAACCGAUAUGAUUUUAUAGAGGAAUAUGAAACAGGUUUCGAAUCUACUGCUUCAAAACUACUUUCACUGGAUAAAACUGGUUAUUUGUUUGCUCAAGAACAAGCUCGCUUUAAUAAUGGUAAAUUAAAGAAAUCUGUUAGGGAAAAUAAAAAAAUCCUUCCAGAACUAGAAAAUGAAACACACUAUACUUUUAUUGACAACUCUAUAAUUGAACACAAUCCAAAUAUUGAUGAUAAUUUACCACCUGAUUCUUACAAAUGGUACUUAAAAGAUCAAAAAUAUUCUGUUGACUGUAAUUUGCAGUUGCCUAAGAAAUGGCUUGUUUACCUUCGUUCUCAUCGAACUGGUAGUCAAACUCUAAGUAAUAUUUUUUAUCGUUAUGGAGAACUUAACAAUUUGUAUUUUGCGUUGCCAAAUGCUCCUACAUUUAAACAUUAUUGGCCACUUCGGUUUCAUCACUCACAUGUUGACAAAAGUUUAAUAAAUAAAGUUGCUCCAAAUUUUCUUAUUGAUGUUGCCCGAACACAAGUUUCAAGAAUAAAGUCCUUUGUUUCAAGGGAAACUGUUUUUAUUGGAGUUGUCAGGAACCCAAUAGAUCAUUUCCAAUCUCUUUAUGAUUACAUGGAUAUUUCUUAUUUUAUGGCUCUUAUUUCAAAUGGCACUGAUUUAUUUAGUGAAUUUGCAAGUAACCCUUUAGAGAAGACAUCUCAGUUUGUAAACAAAACAAAAAAAUAUGAGCCGAUAUUUGAUUUGAUCAAGAAUCCUCAGCUUUAUGACUUGGGUUUUGAAAAAAAGGAUUACAAAACCAAACUUGAUUUAAAGUUCCUUAUUCGAGAGAUAGAUGAACAAUUUGACUUUGUUUUGGUCAACGAAUAUAUGGAUGAGUCACUGGUGUUGUUGCAGAGAAAGUUGUGCUGGCAACUUUCUGAUGUCAUCUAUUUGAAGCAACGCGUUCGCAAAAAUAGGCAACCUAUCUCUGAAAAAACAAAGAAAGAUAUUUUGCGCUGGAAUCAAGAGGAUGAGUUUCUAUACAACUAUUUUAAUGAAAGUCUAUGGGAGACACUUUUUAAACAAGAUAAAACAUUUUGGGAUGAUGUCAAAAAAUUAAAAAGCCUAUCUGCUCAUCUCAAUAAUAAAUGUGUAGAAAGUGAGGAUAAAACUGUUUCACUUUCAAAAAAAGAAGGCGUCUGGAAAAGAGAUACCUUUUACAGCGGGAAAGAAAGUAAUUCUGAUAAGGUUUUUAUUCCGCGCAAGCAUAUCUCAAAAGAAGUAUUAUGGAUUUGUGAAAGAGCGUUACUUAACGAAAUAGAAUAUAUUAGCUUAUUAAAAACUAAACAGCGUCAAUUAAUACUAAAAGAAAAUGCUGAACUUUGGGGAAAGAGUUACUUUGUUGAUAAUAAUGAAAAUAAGCAUUUUGAUUACCCUAUUAAAAAUAAACGAUUUUUAGUCGAAAAUAAAAAAAUUGAAAAUGACGAAGCAUUAACGGUCAAAGAAGAGACUGACGAAGAAAACACAGAAGUUUUACUUUAAAUUUAGUGGGGUUUAGAUAGUGUUACAUUAAAAAUUACAUAAACAUCAAA